GCCGAGUCUGAGGCGGCGCUGGCGGCGGAGAGGCUGAGGCGCGACGACUAAGGGCCCCGCAGCCCCGUCGCAAUGAGCACCAAGCAGGUCACUUGCAGGUAUUUUAUGCACGGUGUGUGUCGCGAAGGUAGCCAGUGCCUGUUCUCACAUGACUUGGCAAACAGCAAGCCGUCUACCAUCUGCAAGUACUACCAGAAGGGCUAUUGCGCCUAUGGCACACGGUGCAGAUAUGAUCACACAAGGCCCUCAGCUGCAGCAAGUGGAGCUGUGGGCCCUGCACCCCAGUGCAGGUCCUCUCCAGGCUUGCACAGUCCUCACCCUUCUGACAUUGCCACGUCUGUCAUGAGAACACACCUGCAUGAACCAGGGAAGCGGGAGAAGAAGACGCUGGUGCUCAGAGAUCGCAAUCUCUCUGGCCUGGCAGAAGAGAAGACUUCCCCAAGCAUGGUGAAUAAUCCAGGUGGAUGCAGUGACUCCCAGACUAGCCCAGAGAUGAAGCCCCAUUCCUACCUAGAUGCCAUCAGGAGUGGCCUGGAUGAUCUGGAGGCCAGCAGCUCCUAUGGCAAUGAGCAGCAGCUGUGCCCCUAUGCCGCUGCUGGGGAGUGCCGGUUUGGGGAUGCCUGUGUCUAUCUGCAUGGAGAGGUGUGUGAAAUCUGCAGGCUGCAAGUCCUCCACCCCUUCGACUCAGAACAAAGGAAAGCUCAUGAGAAGAUGUGUAUGUUGACAUUUGAACACGAGAUGGAAAAGGCCUUUGCCUUCCAGGCAAGUCAGGAUAAAGUGUGUAGCAUCUGCAUGGAAGUAAUCCUUGAAAAGGCAUCUGCUUCUGAGAGGAGGUUUGGAAUUCUCUCCAACUGCAACCACACCUACUGCCUGUCCUGCAUCCGCCAGUGGAGAUGUGCCAAGCAGUUUGAAAACCCGAUCAUCAAGUCUUGUCCAGAAUGCCGUGUGAUAUCUGAGUUUGUAAUUCCAAGCGUAUAUUGGGUAGAAGAUCAGAAUAAGAAGAAUGAGUUGAUUGAAGCUUUCAAACAGGGUAUGGGAAAAAAAGCUUGUAAAUACUUUGAACAAGGCAGGGGGACCUGUCCGUUUGGAAACAAAUGCCUUUACCGCCAUGCUUACCCUGAUGGGCGGCUGGCAGAGCCAGAGAAACCCCGGAAGCAGCUCAGCUCUGAAGGCACUGUGAGGUUCUUUAAUUCAGUGAGGCUCUGGGAUUUCAUUGAGAACCGGGAGACUCGACAAGUCCCCAGCACUGAAGAUGUCGACGUGGCAGAGCUUGGGGACCUCUUCAUGCACCUUUCUGGAGUGGAGUCACCGGAACCCUAGAACCCAUGGUAGUGUCUGCAUUUGGGCGCUCUAGCCCCAUGUAUGCCAAGCCAGGGUGGACGAGCAUCUGUCCGUGACCCACAGCAGCGUGGUACUUGGAUGUGAGGGCGGUGGUACUUUGUCUCUUCCACCCUGCUGUUACAGCCAUGGCAAGAGUGCAGGGUAUAAAAUAACCUGCUAGUACAUGGAAUCACUGCUUUUAUAGUUGAUCUCUUAGUUGUACCUUCAGCUCCACGGUGAGGACCAACUAAGUGGUCCAGCAGCUUUGAGUGAUUGCUUUUAAAAGAAACCUGGCUCCUGUGGUUUGUGACUUUUUCUCAUCAGCAACAGUAAACCUGCAGCUGCUCAUAAAGCAGUAAAUCCAUUUUCCUCCCUUACGGAGUCUAAUGUUCCUAAUGUAGUGUUGUCAACAUUGGUUUAUGCCAUACCCUGUAAGAACACAUGUGGGCAAGUAAGCAUUGACUCUUUAAGGCUCAUCUGUAAGAAUGGUUGGGCAUGAGUUCCCUCCAGUGUCUCAGGUCAGCAGCUUGUCUUGCUGUAUGUUCAGCACAGUUAAAGGGCAGGUCUUUGUUCAGCUUGGAAGGCUGACUCUUGCAGUACCAAGGAAGUACUGAGUGGGGAAAUGCUUAAGAGCUACUAGCCCAGAGCCCUCUCCAAGCAGGGGCCUCCAAGGAAUCUGUCCCAACCCUCUCCUGUGGGCUUUUUAUCUCCAAGAGCUCAGGACACUUGCUGGUCAUACUCACGCCAUCUGUUCUUACCUGUAAAGUCUGGCUUUGCUCUGCUACUUUGUAAAAACACUCAUUGCACCUAAGACAGUGUCUGGUUCUACCUGGGGGGAACUGAGGAAAGUGUAUAGUCUUGCAAGGCAGAGCAAGCUGCCUCUAAACCUCAACUUAUUUUUAUAAAAAGCUGUAGAUUACCAGAUAUUUUAUAAAAAUGCAACACUUUCCAGUGUGGGUAGUUUUUAUGUAACUCCCUUCAGUUAGGACACACAGGUGCAGAUCACAAGCAAUCCAUGCCCAGACCCUUCAAUUCUGUUCCAGAAGGAAGCAAGUAGAGAAUGCAUGCUGUGGUCCUGGUAUGCCUUUCAAAGGACUCAAUAGCCAUUGAACCUAAAUUUAAUUUAUUUUAUUAAAAUAACAUAAUUGAGGAACCAUCAGAUAACUGUAUCUUGUCAGACGCAAUAAAAACAAAAUUAAAACCCAAAAUCAUUAAGAAAACCUGUAUUUCUGGCUUUCUUACAGACACAAGGAUGUGACUAAAGACAGGGCUGGCCCUGUGGCCCGCCCCAUAGGGGCAGCUCCUGGAAGACAAAUUCAGCAUUUUUUUGGGGGGGUACUCCAGGAGGGUGAAGCGCCUCACUUGGAAAACCUUCCCACACUGGACACUUCAGAGGCAGUGUCCCCAAAGUCAAGUUCCAUAGUACCAAAGCAGGCUCCUCCAGGUGACCGGGAUCUCGGCAGUCCUGGGCUGUUUGGUGCAUUGUGUGCAAAACUGGCGCAGCACCACCAUCUCUGAGGAGCAGUCCCUCCUGCAAUCGGUAUGCCUCAAAGAAGCUCACUUCCAUGGGUCCCUAUAUCAGGGCUGGACGGCCAGCUACCUUUACUUCCCUCCAAGGCCUUUUUCUUGCCCUAAAAAUACUCAGCUGAGGCCCAACUUAUAAGCAUCUGGAGUAGGCUAGGCUCUGGAGCAGACCAGGCUAGCAUUAGUGGAUGGCUUCUUUCUCCAGGACCAGGAGGGGUAGAAAAGAAGGCAACAUGAAGUUAAGGCCCCGUGAGUAGUCUAGAAGGUCCUUAGCAGCAGCUUCUCUGAAAACAUGCAUUCUAACCCCAAAGGGAACAGAAAAGUGGUGCCUGCUGACGCUUUCCUCUGCCAGUGGUCUGAGCACAGGAAUCACAUCAGCUAGAAGACCGGCAGCCUAGGGGAUGUGGUCAGUGUGCAAGCAUUGAUGUCUUCAGUGUGUGCUGCCCGAUGCAGAGAUGGCUCAGAGGCGCUCCGGUUGAUUUUCGGCAGAGAAUGUUGGAGAAGCUCAAUGGAAGACAGUAUCUGAAAUAGGCCCCAUGGUAACUCAUUAGUUAGGGCUUGGCAUCUCUUCAGCCAUAACUUUCAACAAGGGGUCCAAACACACAGGCUGUUGUUUGCCCUCCCAAGUUCUUGACAUAAAACUAGCCGGCCUUAAUUUCUCAUGUAA